AUGGUCAACCGUGGACGCUCUGGAGGUUGCGUGACGUGCAAGGAACGCCGCGUCAAAUGCGACGAGGCGAAGCCCGAGUGCCGAUCUUGUCAGCGCCUCAAGCUUCGAUGCGGUGGCUACAACAGGCCUAAGCCAAAGCCCAAGUAUGCCAAACUAAGAUUCAGAGACCAGAACUACAAGUUUUGCACCAAUACCAACCAGGAUGUCGAUUCCAAUGACCGGGAUGUCGUAAAGGUUGCAACUAGCCCGAGCCAGUCCUCCGAGUCUGAUGUUCAGCACCGGCAGGUUGCAAGAGCCUUGACUUCACGGCGACCCUCUGAGCCCGACACCGCUGUGCCCUUCUUUCUCGGUCAUUACGCUAGAAUAGGUCGGGAUAUGGGAUCCACUCGAGGUUUCUUCGAAAUGCUCAUUCCGGCCUACUUCUCGCAGCAGCAAGAAUCAGCCCUCUCGCUCGCUGUUUCGGCGUUGGCCUCAGAGAUCUUGUCCAUGUGGCGGGGAGACACCAACAGUUUCCGACUACCACAGGGGUCUUAUUCCCGGGCAAUCACACGCCUUCGGACCGCAAUACAGGAUCCCACCGAACGUGCCAUGCCGGCAACUAUGCUAGCCAUACUGGUGCUACAGACAUAUGAGAAUGCUUCUGCGGUAUAUGAUCUUCGCAGGGCCUCGAGAAUGCACCACAACGGCGCAGCAUCUUUGCUAUCAUUUGUGGACACAGACGCCAUGGACGGGACGGUGCGCGCCUACCUACGAAAAUUCAUGUUACACACCGAGGUUUCAACCGCCAUGCGUCAGAAGAAGCCACUAAAGAGCAUCGCAUACUCUUGGAUUGGGAGCAAGGAUGCCAUGGCUGUGCCAGAUAACCCCAGCUCAGCGCUCGAUGCCAUAGGCGCGUCAGUAGCCGAGCUACAGGCCAGUUACACGCAAUUUGUAACCCAAGGUGGUUCCACAACGUCGUUGGAGCACGUUUUAACAGAGUGGAGGGCCGAAGCAAGAAGAGUUGACGCAGAACUGCUGGCGUGGGCUGCAAACGUGCCGGAUCACUGGAGGCCGUCAAGGCUGAUAAGCGGUCGGGAUAUCGAUUCGUCUAUACCCACAUACCAGUCUAUCUGCGAGGUGUAUCCUUCGUGCCAAAUUGCCAGUAUUUGGAAUCUUUGGCGUUUCCAACGCCUCGUGUUGGCCAAGAUUACACUCGGCUGCCUUGGUGCAUUCUCGGGUCUUGGCCGCUUUGGCUUUGCAUACGGGCAGUUCCUCGAUGACCCAGCAGAUUUUGUCAACUGCCAGCAGAGACUCCAAGAAGUGGUGGACAGCGUGUGCUACAGCAUACCCUUCCACCUUGGCAACCGAACUACCCGGUCUACCCUUAUGGACUUUACUGACCCGACAAUUCUGCUCCCUAGCCAGGGUAGUCUCAAUGGGGUAACAUCGAACGACGACCAUAGACGUCAUGUCAUCGCGCAAGGGCCGUGGCGAGCCAUGCACCCGCUGAGCCGCUGUUUGACGCUCUUCUCGGAAGACGACGGCGAGGUGAUUGCGAGCCUUCUCAGACCUGGACAGCGGGAGUGGAUCCGUGACCAGUUCCUACGCGUCGCCACGCUUCUGCAUCUCCCGACAGAGCCGGGCAAUUACAUGGAGGGAUCAGGAUCGCCGGGAGGGUCUGCAGAUGUCAAGGCGGAGUAUUUAGCCAGGGAGAUUAGGAAGGGUGCGAUUCUUAUGAGUGGGCCGUAA